AUGAAGACUAUUGUAUUUUUCCUGCUGGUGGCUGCCGCGGCAGCUGACAAGGUGCCCUCCGACGACCAUCUCGCGGCCAUCCUGCAGAACGAGCAGCACACGCCCAACUCCGAGGGUGCUCACAGCUUCGACUUCGAGACCGAGAACGGCAUCAACUUCCACGUCUCCGGCUCCCAGGGCGCCACCGGCGGCGCCAACAGCAUCGGCGACUGGAGCUACCCCCUGCCUGACGGCUCUCUGGCCGAAGUCAAGUUCGUGGCCAACGAGAACGGCUACCAGCCCGAGUCGUCGCUCCUGCCCGUGGCCCCCGCCUUCCCCCACCCCAUCCCCGACUUCGUCCUCCGGCAGAUCGAGUUCGCCGAGCAGCAGAGGGCGGCCGAAGCACGCCGGGGAAGCUACGAGAAUUAA